GGGGGUAAGGCGAAGGGAGCCAUGUCCAUCAACGUCCGGCACAUUCUGUGUGAAAAGCAUUCAAAGAAGGAAGAAGCUCUGGCGAAGCUAAGCGAGGGUGUCAAGUUCGACGAGGUGGCACGCACCUAUUCUGAGGACAAGGCACGACAAGGGGGUUCUCUUGGCUGGAAGACAAAGGGGAGCCUGGAUCCUACGUUUGAAGAAGUCGCCUUUUCUUUGGAGCCGAGCACUACGAGCAGUCCCAAGAUUGGAGAGGCCAAGACGUCGUUUGGCUAUCACAUCAUAAUGGUGAGUUUGAGG